AUGGCAGACAACGAUCAGAACAUCGAACAGUGGAAGAUCAAGCAGCUUAUACGCUCACUUGAAGCUGCCAAAGGCAAUGGAACAAGUAUGAUCAGCCUGAUCAUUCGUCCGAAAGAUGAAAUUCCAAGGAUCAAUAAAAUGCUGGCAGAUGAAUAUGGUACAGCAUCGAACAUUAAAUCACGGGUCAACCGGUUAUCGGUUCUAGGUGCUAUUACCUCUACACAACAAAAGUUGAAACUUUACAAUCGCACGCCCCCAAAUGGAUUAGUAUUGUACUGUGGCACAGUUAUCACAGAUGAUGGCAAAGAAAAGAGGGUGUCGCUAGAUUUUGAACCUUUCAAACCAAUAAACACCUCACUGUACCUGUGUGAUAACAAGUUCCACGUAGAAGCGCUGAAGGAACUGCUGGAAUCUGAUGAUAAAUUCGGGUUCAUUAUCAUGGAUGGUAAUGGAGCUCUAUACGGUACUCUCCAAGGCUCUUCAAAAGAGAUACUCCAUACGUUCAGUGUGGACCUUCCAAAGAAACACGGUAGGGGUGGACAGUCUGCGUUACGUUUCGCACGUCUACGUAUGGAAAGACGACACAACUACGUAAGGAAAGUAGCAGAAAAUGCUGUAUUGAUGUUUAUUACUAAUGAUAAGGUCAAUGUAACAGGACUCAUAUUAGCAGGAAGUGCCGAUUUCAAAAACGAUCUCAUGGGAUCAGACAUGUUUGAUCAACGUCUGGCUGCAAAGGUGUUGAAAAUUGUUGAUGUAUCUUAUGGUGGUGAAAAUGGGUUCCAACAGGCCAUAGAACUAUCGUCAGAAUGCCUAACAAACGUCAAAUUCAUACAAGAAAAGAAAUUAAUCACUAAAUUCUUUGAAGAAAUAUCACAAGAUACUGGAAAGUAUGUAUUUGGCGCAAAGGAAACUAUAGACGCACUAGAAAACGGUACAGUAGAAACUUUACUAGUUUUCGAAGCACUGGAAGUUAUAAGAGUCGCACUACAUAACCCACAUACAGGAGAGGAUACGGUCAUUUUCCUCUCUAACGAGAGCGAGCGCAGGGACGAGGAUUUCAAAGAUACCAAGAAUAAUGUAGAUCUGGAAACUGUAGAUCGCAAACCACUAACAGAAUGGAUUGUAGAAAACUAUUCAAACUAUGGAGCUACAUUACACUUUGUAAGUAACAAGUCACAAGAAGGAGCGCAGUUCCAAAUGGGUUUCGGUGGGAUAGGCGGUUUCUUAAGAUACCGGCUAGAUAUGACGGAGUACUAUGACGAGGAUCUAGACGACGAUGACAACUUCAUGUGA